UUAUCCUGCUCGUGCUAACCUAUUUGGAUGCGUGUACUCGAUAGAUGAUCCAAUUACUUUGUGAACACACUAAUUUGCAGUGGGUGCAAGAAGUGGGUAAAAGGACUACCAUGUAAAAAACAUUGGUCUAUCAUUUAAAGCAAUUUUGUUCUUUAUUUUCCUCCAAUAAUCCCGAUUCAGAUUGAUACUGUACGGUACUACAACCCAAAACCCACACCUCUCUGCCCUAUUCAGGGACCCGUUCUUCUCUUCUUCCCCUUCUCAUUUUUAGCUUUAUUUAUCCAUCUUUUCAUUGAAAGUUCUGCUCAGUGUUUUUCAGAUCAUUCACGUGGAGCAAAACAGCUCAACUUUGGGCGUUUAUUCUAUUGCUUAUAUGCAAGCACUGUAUUGAGGUCCAGACGAGAAUAAACCCCUUUAACAGCUCUUGUGAAUACAAUGUCUGCAAUCAGAUUUGAUGCGUCGAAGCAAUAUUAUGCUACCAGCAGUCUUGUGGUUGGAUAUGCCCUCUGUUCCAGCUUGCUUGCUGUGAUUAACAAGUUUGCUAUAACCAACUUCAACUACCCAGGUCUUCUUACUGCAUUGCAAUACCUAACUUCAGCUUUAGGGGUUUGGCUUUUAGGAAAAUUUGGGCUGUUGCAUCAUGAUCCGUUCACGUUGGAGAAUGCCAAGAAAUUCUUGCCUGCUGCCCUUGUUUUUUACCUGGCAAUAUUCACCAACACCAAUCUUUUGCGCCAUGCCAAUGUGGAUACUUUCAUUGUCUUUAGAUCCUGUACGCCUCUGCUUGUUGCUGUUGCUGAUACAGCUUUUAGAGAGCAACCAUGCCCUUCAAAGUUGACGUUUCUAUCUUUGGUGGUCAUUUUGGGAGGUGCUGUUGGGUAUGUUGCUACAGAUUCAGGUUUUACUCUGACUGCUUAUUCUUGGGCGUUUGCGUACUUGGUAACCAUUACAACCGAGAUGGUCUAUAUUAAGCAUAUGGUAACCAAUCUGGGGCUGAAUACUUGGGGCUUCGUGUUCUACAACAAUUUGUUGUCAUUGAUGAUGGCUCCUUUAUUUUGGAUUAUUACUGGGGAGUAUGUUGACGUGUUCAUUGCUAUGGGAUCAAAUGGAGGGACAUUGUUUAACCCUGUUGCCUUCGUUGCAGUCUCAUUAUCCUGUGUGUUUGGACUGCUCAUCAGUUUCUUUGGAUUUGCUGCAAGGAAAGCAAUCUCCGCUACUGCUUUUACAGUAACCGGGGUGGUGAAUAAGUUCUUGACAGUUGCCAUUAAUGUUCUCAUUUGGGAUAAGCAUGCUAGUCCGUUUGGUUUGAUGUGCUUGUUGUUUACUAUUGCUGGAGGUGUUCUUUAUCAGCAAUCUGUAACUGGUGUUAGUACCACUCCACCACAACGGGAUUCUGCUGUGUCUAAGCAGGACAAUAAGAAUGACCACCACAACUAUGGAGAUAGUGAUGAAGAGAAAGGAAUAUCCGGUAAGAUUUCUGGUCUAUAAGCUUUUUGGCAUUUGUGCCUAUUGCUGAUGAGGCUAUUGUUAGUCCUCCCACUGCGUUAUUUACCGAUACUUUGAUCUUAUUCUAGUCUUUACAAACUUUUGCUAGAUGCUUUUUAGAUUGGCCUUGUUAUCAUUAACGACUAGUAAUCAUUGGACUACUAUUUGUGAGUUUUUGCACCCUUUCUUUUGGCAUGCUAUCGUGUUGAUUUCA